ACUAUUGGAUGAGUAUGUGUUAGAAAAUGUCGAUCUAUACAGUUGGUUUUAUAAGGGUAUUUAGCACGGCGCGCGUACGUGUAAAACUGCAUACAGUUUUAUAUUUUAGUUGAUGAGUUUCUAUUUAGCUGGUUAGAAUUGUAUUUUUUAACUAACAGGUAUUAGCAGGUGACUUCAUUUUAGCACAGGCGUUCGCGAACGAAAGAUAUGCAAGCGAUAAAGUGCGUUGUGGUUGGAGAUGGAGCUGUUGGUAAAACCUGUUUGCUGAUCAGCUACACAACUAACGCUUUCCCUGGAGAAUAUAUUCCCACUGUGUUUGAUAACUACUCUGCCAAUGUCAUGGUAGAUGGCCGCCCUGUCAACUUGGGAUUAUGGGAUACAGCAGGACAGGAGGAUUAUGACAGGCAGACAAAAUGGGUCGCCAGUGAAUCAGCUACCAGACUCCGACCUCUCUCCUACCCACAAACCGAUGUUUUUCUCAUUUGUUUCUCUGUGGCUUCUCCCGCUUCCUACGAAAACGUGCGCGCAAAGUGGCACCCGGAGGUCGCACACCACUGCCCGGAAACGCCCGUACUUCUCGUGGGAACAAAACUUGAUUUACGUGACGAUGCGGACACUGUGAACAAGCUAGCUGAGAAAAAGCUCUCCACCAUUACUACUACCCAAGGUUUACAAAUGGCGAAGGAACUGGGGGCGGUUAAAUACCAAGAGUGCUCUGCUCUGACGCAAAAGGGGCUGAAAAAUGUUUUCGACGAAGCGAUUCGGGCGGUUCUUAACCCAACAAGAAGAGUCGUCCAAACGAAGAACUGCGAAAUUCUAUGAUUACAUUGACACGUAGAGCGGCCUCGAACUUUUACAAUAAUUUGGAAAUAUGUUCCUAUAUUAUAAAUGGAGUUCGGUGGCUUUAUAUAUUCUCUCUUAUCGUUUUAAGCAUUUUAAAAUCGUCGCUACCGUGUAAUCAAACAGACAAAAAAUGCUAUUAUUGAUUAUAAAUAAUAUAGUACUGUAGGGUAAAGUGGAACAACUUUCGACACAUAAUAUGUAAAUAUCCAGAUCAUGUUUUAAACAAUUACCAGCGGUUUAUGUGAGUCGUAAGGAUAUGGUUUUAUAAUUCUUCAAAUGUUCUUUGUUAAUUACCAAACCACACAAGAAAAUAAAAUGAAAAGGUGUUCCAUUUACCCCCACUACACUUAUGACUAAAGAAAACUUGGUCUUAAAAACAAUUUUAAAGGUUAGAAAAUUUAAAAUACAUGGGUAAUUU